CCAACUGUCAUAUUGCCGAACAUGGCGUCGGCUAUGGCCCGACAGCAAAGUGGGACAAGAUUUCGAAGUAGUAGAUUUAGAGGAAGACACGGAAGUGGUGAAGAAAAUGUUCAUUUGAAUCCCAAGAAAGAUCCAGCAGAAAAUGUUAAGGAAGUACUGACGUAUGCAGUGAAACAAUCUUCCUAUUCUAAAGCCAAAAAGCUAGGGUAUUUAAAUGCAUUUGUUCGGCUUAUUGACAAGUGUGGGGACAACGAAAAGCUUGGAUUGCCUCUGCAUGAUAUAUUUAUUUGUUUAAGUGUGAACUUGAUCCAUGCUCCAAAAGAGGUGCGUGCAGGAACAUUGCGGGUCAUUAAACACUUAAUCACAGAUGAGACCUCACUACAAGUAUUGACAGAUCUGCACCUAGAUGUAUACAUGGCUAGAGCUCUUGACAUAUGUCUGGAGAAUGAGGUUGAGAGAAUUCAUGCACAGAAGCUUGUCCGGAAGCUGGUGGUCACGGUGGCGAGCAAGGUUCCACGCUCUCUGAUCCACCCCCUCGUUGCCAUUGGCAGCGAUGGUAACAGUGAGAGGGACAGGAUGGUCAGAGCAUCAAUGGCAUGCCUCUGUGAGCUCACGUACUCAAACCCUGAUCUAGUUGCCCACUGUGGGGGAAUCAGCAUGCUGCUACGAAAGAUCCUUGACUGUCCCCAGUACCCGCGCAUCAACGAGUCGAUCGUGGCCACCAUACUUCACCUAAUCAACUAUCCUGCCACACGACACUUUGUGCGCUUCAGUACAGAUCUUGAGCAACUGAUAGCACCAUUUACAGACUGCCAUUUUAGCUACACAGGAGAGGCAACAGACCAAACAAAGGAGGAUCGGGAGAGCAGGUUUGCGGCCAGUCGUAUGGCGAUUGUUACAGUGAUGAGGUCCUGGCCAGGCAUUAUCCGCUUCUGUCGGCCUGACGGGGCAGGCCUCCAGUCCCUUGUGGGCAUCCUGUACCUGCCCUUUCAGGAAAUCAGACAAGCAGUUGUUGAGCUGAUAUUUGAGUUAUUUCGACUACCUUUGCCGGACUGGACAGAAGAUUUCACCGAGGCCCUUAUCAGUAUUGAUCCAUCCAAAAUGCGGGAAAAUUGGCAUCUAACUGAAGGUUUUGUGGCCAAUGAAGGAAAGUCCAUAUUGCCAAAUACAGCAUCAAUCAGGCCCAACCUGGUAGACAAUCAUAUAGCCCUGUUGUUAGCAGCCUGGAUUGGAGCUGGAGUCCUUGAUGCCUUGGUUGAAGUGAUCAUAACUGAGACAAAUGAACUGUUUGUCAGAGCUGUCAUACUGCUGGGGGAACUUUUAUACAUGGCGAACCAGUUGAUGCCAGCAGAAUGCAGCAACCACAGUCACUACCUGCCCACCCUGAUGGCACUAGCAUCCUCCUUUGACAUAGACAACUCUCAAAGAUUGCAAGCAAGUAUAGCUGUGAGUUACCUAGAGCGUAUGCACACCCUGAAGAAGCGCGGUCCAAUACCCUGUAGCCUCUAUCUGGAGCAGAUAGUCCGCCAGUCUUUACUGUUCAAGGAUAGGUCUCUCUCUCUCAACAUGCAGAAGAAUAAGCUACUUGAUAUGCAUGUUAGGAAGAGGGCCUCGUCCUCGGAGGAAAUCUGUAUGCAGACAUUGCGGGACACCCAGGUGCUCUUCACAAAGGUGGCCAAGAAUUGGGACUGGGACCUCAUAGAAUAUGUCCUCAAGUGGCCAGAUGAAAAACUUCGGAAACUUGAAGACCAGAUAUAUCUGAGAUUUCUGAAGCGGCUGUUUUUCUACUUCUCGCCAACCAACCACGAGUUUUCCCGCUUAGAGGCAGACCAUGAGAUGGGGAGCAAAAUUGCCCUCGUUGGAUGUCAGCUCAUUGACUUCAUUGUCAAAGCAGACCAGGAAGAAGGUGUGAAGCUAAUGAGAGAAUUCCUCACAGACAUCUCCCUGUGCUUGUCAGAGGUAGCCCUGCGAAGAAUAGCCCCUGAGUCUGUUCUCAGCCCGGGUAACGUGAUCAACACUCUGUCCCACUACUAUUUCCUGUUUGUGGGCCGGUUCUCUGUCAAUACACGGGGAGAUAGACAUGUCGAGAAGGCUGGGAUUUAUCAGCAUUUUCUGGACAUCAUAUCUGCAGCCCCGCAGGACAGCUAUGUGAAGCUGAUCACGUCCAGCCUACACUAUGGAAGAGAGGGGAACAGUAGGGCUGUACUGACAAAGGCACUCUGUGCUGGACCAGAGUCUGGUCGUAUGUAUGCAACAAAGCUGAUGAGAGUGUUGUUGCGGGCGAAGGUCCAGGGAUUCUCGUUGUGGGGGAUUGAGAGUCUUGUCAACCAGCUGUAUGACCAGAGUCUCGGUGUUGCCAUGACAUCUCUAAGUAUCCUGGAGGAGGCCUGUGAACUCAAGGAGAACCUGGAUGCAGUGAUAAAGUUGAAGCCUAACUUCCUGCACCUUGGUGAGAAGGGCCAGAUGAUCCUGUGUCGCUACAUGUCCACCCAGUCAGGCUUCCGCUUCCUCACAGAGGCAAACUACACCAUGAAUGAACUCAAGAAGUGGCACACGUCCUUCAAUACCUGCUAUGUAAGAAUAGUUGAAGAGCUUCUUAAUUGUGCUUUAACUACGUAUGAAAAGACCUACCAAGGCUCGUACACGAGGCGCUCCAGCAAGAAGCGACAGAAGAGGGAUGUGUACCUGCCCUUCCAUCUGUAUGGUGAGCUGGUCCAACACAAAGAGGGAUUCCAGCUACUUAGACAGCAGACAUAUCUUGAGGGCUACUUUGACUGCAUUCGUACCUUUGAGCCCCAAACUGAGAGUGAAGUCCUGCAGCUCAAAACAGCACUAUGGGCUGUGGGUCACAUCAGCAUGUCAUCAUGGGGUGUGAGCUGGCUUCAGGAUGAAAAGAUUGUCCCUGAAAUAAUCCGCAAGGCUGAGGAAUCUAGCGUAUAUUCCAUAAGAGGGACAGCCUUCUUUGUGUUGGGGAUGAUAUCCACAACGAGGGAAGGGGCCGAACACCUGUCUCAGUAUGGCUGGGAGUCACGUUGGAACACACGGGCUGAACGCUGGCCACUUGUGGAGGACCACUCUUCACUCCUAGAUGAAUCUAUGGAUGAAAUGCAGUCGGAGAUGGGGUUUUCCAUGGGUGCCUCUCGACUAGAGCUGGGCAGUCCUGUGAGCAACCUGGAUUUUAUUGCUGAAGAGCAUUUUAAACUUGGGGCUACGGGGAGGUCGUUACCAAAUGGUGAUGAAGAUGAAGAUGUUGAUUGUGAUGAAGACGAACAGGGGCUAAAUAUGCCUUUGUUUAGACAAACAUCAUUGACUUACAGCCCUGAGUUAAGGCAUAAAGGUGUGCGAUUAAAACACAGGACAUUACCCCUGCCUGGAAAAGGCAAUAGAAGUCAGACUGUACCAUCCCGGUCACUCACUAUACGUAGUCAGGCCUUCAGCGAGGGUGUGUCAGACAGGACUCGUAGUGUGGAGCACAUAUCAGCUGGGAGAAGGGAUUUUAAAAUAUCUAGUGAACAAAGGAGUCGAUCAUUUAAUUUAGAUGAUAAAUUCAGGAAUUAUUCCAAAAAUAGUGCCAAAGCUGUGAUAGACAGUGAUGGAAAUUCUUAUGAACAUAAGAAUGAAAAUAACAAUAUUAAUAGUCAGUCUGAUGUUAUAUCUAAAUCUUCCACGGAUAAAGAUAGUGAUGAAACAUGUAAAUGUGAUUCAGAUAUCGAAACUAUAUGUGUUCAGAGUGAUUGUUCAUUAACUUCGACAUCUCCAAAUAAUGCCAAAGACAACCCUGACAAUCAGUCAGAACAGUCAUUAUUAACAGGCUCAGCACAAAACCAGCCAAGUUUAAAACCAACAGAACAAAGUGAUGUAUUAAUAAGUGUCACAGACACGGAUCAGGUCACAAAAGAACAAAAGGAUGAAUCUGAUAUUAGUGAGUCAUCUAAGAGAAAGAUUCAUGAUGAUGAAGCAGCAUUCAAAGCAGAUAAGAGCAAUAAUGAGGAUGUUGCAGUAAACCAUGAGGGAACUGAUGUGGUUCAAAAUGACAGCUCAGCUUUAAUUGUAGAGGGUAAUGAAGGUUCUUCUGAAAAAGGGCUUAAAGCAACAGAUUCAGAUGAAAUGUUCAGAAGACCGUUGCUUAAAGCAUCAAAGGAAGAACAGAGUAGCAGCAGUGAAAGUGGCAGAACUACCAGUAGUAAAAGUCGCGCUGAUAGUUUUAACACUGACACGAACACUAGUGGUAUAGGUUCUUACGAUUCUGGUCACCAUGGUGUAAUGGAGUCUCACUCCCUUAGUCCGAUAGCCAGUACAAACUCUCUUGAAAUAGGGGAAGUUCAGAUGAGACAUAAGGAUAGAAAGGAUUCUCGUGAAAGCAACAUGCAUCAUUCAGUGAUGAUGCGACGUAUGUCGAACCUUACCCGUGUUCCGAGUGUAAGACGUCAGUCUAGUCCAGGGAUAGGUAUUUUGCCAGCUUCCAAAUAUUUUGACUUUUCUGAGAACGCCAUUAUGUACACCACAGCUCGGGAUGCGAUGGGAUAUGCGACUCUCAGAAACUUGAUGAAGAGCAGACAGAUCAGCCUGGAUAUGGAGUCGGACUAUGGAAUUACCAACCUGUAUGACAGUUUUGGGAGCUCUUCAAGCUUAAACAGAACCUCAAGUAUAGACAGCACUGCAUUACAGAGGCCAACCAGCUUAAUGACUUACAAUCUAAGUGGUAUUUCCCUGAGUGAAAUGGACGCUUCAGGGAGUUACCCUCCGAAGGCGCGGCUCUACCAGCAGCGCCCCCACACUGGACAGGCAGAGUUCAGGGGACUCACCCUCCCUGUAGACAUACACAUGAUGUUUGAGGCCAGUGAGACAGAUGACAAAGAGGGCUGUAUUCUGGGAGAAAACAUUUCCCGCCAAGUGUCUUUCAUGCAACAGUCUGAAUCUGGAGGAAGCUUGUUUGUAGACAGCACAGAGGGGGGUAAACUGCCGAAGAGUGAGAGCGGUCAGGAUAUGGGGGCUGUCCGGCAGGAAAUUGAGGCAGCACGGGGUUCCCGUUCCCGAGCAACAUCGAAUGUGGAUGUGACACCUCAGCCCCUGUCCAGUGAACACCUUGUGGACUACUGUGUGCUAUGUAGGGGCCGUCGCAGUAACAGCAACAUGCACACCACGGAUGAGGGUGAUGUAGGUGAGGUGGGUGGGGCUGGACGUGGUAGGGGCCGGUCUAGCAGCGUGAAUGAGGCCCUGGUAGACACCUCCAGUAGCCUCAAUAGUACCGGGUCUGACUCGUCUGCCUCCAAGAUGAGUUAUGACACGCCAAUGGGGAGGACGCUUGUUCGUAAAGAGAUGUUACGAUUUGUCAUCAACCUCAGCAGCUCUGUGGGAGUGAAGGGAGCGGAACAGGGAUUGCUGGCAUUGAAGCAAAAGUUCCCUAAGGCGUUCCAGGAUCUGUGUUUCUACUCAGACGUGUCCCAUCUGUUGGGAACCUGUUCAUUUCGCCUCACGGCUCGCAGAUUUGUACAGGAACUAUUUGAGGAACUCAAUAUAACAAAGUUGUUGGAUGAGGCGUGUGACAUUCUGGGUAUAGAUGAUACAGCAGAAAAAUCUGUCGUCGACAACACCCUCCCAGAACAGUUCGAUGGUUUCGAUGACUUCAGUUGACACCGACUUACAAAAUGCGAGACUUGUCGAAUUUACCAGGUUUAUAUGAUUGGCCUAAUGAACUUUGUAUAUGCCAGUCUGGUUAGCAUUGGCUUGGUUUCAAAUUCCAGCCAGGGCUUAUGUGAUGUUGGUAACCAAGUUGUAUCACUUCCUCCAAAUUCUUAUGUAUUCCUUUUGGUUUUAAGACCACAGUCAUUGUGCCAAUUAAUAUUGUGUCCAGAUUAUAACGUUGUAACAGGAUUGUAAACAUGAUACAUACGAUACAGGUAAUUCCUGUCUAGGAAAUCUAUUAUUAUGCAGUGGCAAUGGUGUUCAGAUUAUCAAGAUUAAUCGAACAGUUUGCUUAUACACAAAUUAAUAUACAUAUGUACAUGGUGAUUAAAAUCAGAAUUUUGGAUAAACACGUCCAAAUUCUUACAUAACUGCUUGGCAUCAAAAGUCAUACCAAGCCCUGUAUAUGAAAUCAAAAAUUUGUUCAAGCCUUACACUCAUUUAACCAGUGUAGGGCUUGAGGGCUUGAGCUUAUUUGCAAAUCACUUAUGUAUGUGUUACUGUAUAUGCAAUUAAUUUUCAAUGUGAGUCAUCCCAUACAGUCCACUGUUUUAAUUAUGUUAAAGAUGGACAUUAAAUGCGUUUGUCUGUAUUGCUGCUUUUAUCUUGAGAUGAAGAAACUACCUGUAUGCAGUCUGUACACCAAGAAUGUGGUCAUUAUUUCUCAUAAACAUAUCCAAGCUUUAUCAUUGUAGUUAAUGUUUACACUUGCAAGUGGACUCCUUUGUGAUGAAUGGUUACUGAAAGAUGUAUUUUUGUAAUUAUAUACUCAAGAAUUGUUGACUUAUUUAUUAAAUUGUUGAGAUUCAUGGUAUAUUGUACAUUGAUGUAUAUUUAUCCUGAUCUAGGGUACAAUUUGUUGCUUGUUAAGCGAUUGUAAUGUUUUGUUGUUUUGAAUGUUAAAGAUUUAUUCCAAAGUCUGUUGUACGAAAACCGUUACCAGGUAAUUUUGUUCUAUUUUACAUAUUUAUAACCAUUGUUAACUAUAUGAUUUGUAUAUAUAUAUAUGUAUGUUAAUUGGAUCGGGAUGAAACUGAUAGAAUAAUAUUUUUAUACACUUCUUUUUAACUCUUUGAAUUGAUUAAAAUUUUAUGCUUAAGGGAAGGCCUAUUGUAAUAACAACAUGAUAAAAAGACAUGCUUGUGUCCGUCCAGUGCUGAUGAGUUUUAACUUAAAAGGUUAACUAUCAGUGGGUUAAGUGAAUCUGCAAAGGUUCAAGUUAAGUUUAUUAAGUCUGCAGCAAAAGAUUGCAGAUAAAAUGAUGAAAAUGCCAUUUUCUUGUGGAUAAUUUCACCCGGCAAGUGGUAUUGAAUGAAUACUCCCAUGAAGUCAUUAUGCCCCCUUCAGACUCUACUGUGAGUGUGUUUUCCUUUAACUUGGUUCUUUAUUUCACUUUGUAGAUGUUGGAACAAAAUGCUUUUAUUCACCACUUUUGGUUGCAGACUACAAAAACCUGACUUGAACCUACGUAGAUUCACUUUAACAUUGAUCCACACAAGCUGUCCACCUCAACUUUAAAUGCUAUUGUCUUAAACUUCCUUACCUCAAGCGAAUCUUUGUCACGAUAACCCAUAAAUGUUCAAAAAGAUGGUUAAUUUUUUGUCUGUCUAUCUCCUAGGAUUGAUAAGGUCCUACACUUGAUAUGCAUACAUCAUUCUCUGUCAUAGCCUAAGUCAAACUGUAGAUUUGCUAUAUUUAGGGAGGGAUAAAUGAUAUAAUAUGGAAGCAAUCCAUAUGUCCAUGUCAAGGUGAAAGAUUAACUCACAGAAUUGGUCUAAACACAAAGACCCUAAAAAAUCCCUUGUGAAUUAAAGCUGUCUAAAGUAAUCAAUGAUUAUUCCUGAAAAUCAUAUUUGUUUACGUUAUCUUUUAUUAUUGGUAGAUUAAUCGGGCAGUUUUGUUACGUUCCUGUAAUUCAAUAGACUGAUCACAUCAGUGCUGAUGAACCAUUUUGAUUCAAAUGGACACAUGGAAGUGGAAACAAUUACUUAAACCACUGGUUAGAUGAUUAACAUUAUAUAUUAAAUAUAGGUGGUGUGUAAGCUUAUUUAUAUUCGCACUCGGGCAACGCCAGUUUGGCGAUUACUCCGAUAAGAUUGUUAGUCAUUUUACGUUUUUGGAGCAUAGUGUACAGACAGAAUGUAACCCUGGUUGGAGCUACCCUAGUUAUUUAAUGUGCACCAGCCUGUAGCACUGUCACACUGGACCCCCAUUUAAGGUCCCUCCUGGAAGACUAUUAGUAUUAUUUAUAUUGUUGCGACGGAGAAUCAAACCUGCAACCCCUGGAUUAACAGUCAAGUGUGUUACCAUUAGACCAUGGAGCCAACACACAUUAUAUAUACAUUGUAUUUAAUUGAUUUUUGCAUUUUCUUUGGUCAGUGUUAUUAGUCGUGCAAUAAACAGAUUCUAAAUGUAUCGAGUUUCUAAAAGCACAUACUGGGUUAAAAGCAAAACCAAAUGAGCUACAUGUAUGUUUAUAAAUUCAGAGUUAAUGUCUGACCAUGACUUUUAAGUACAAUAGAAUAUUGUUGACGCCAAGUUCACUCACCAAUAUAGAGUUGUGUCUAUUGUUUACAUGGUGUUUUUGGUUGUGUCAUUUAACCAGUUUUCAACUCCAUUUAUUGUUGUAGCUAAUAUCAUUUGUUUUAAUUAUUUAUUAUAAACAGUAUAUCCAUCUUAUAAUACAAGUGUGCAAAAAGACUAUAAAUGAAAUAAAUGAAAAAAUAUU